CCGAAUAUUGUUGUUCGCGGUAUUUUAAUAACUGCUUGUGGAACAAUGUAUUACCAUCAUAAAUCUUUGUAUACGUGUGCCGAAACUUAGUUGUUUUGGGGAAGACAAUAAAAGGCAGCUGUUAUUCACAGAGUCGUUUAGUAUUGAGACGGUUACGAUGAAGGUAUCAAUUGUAUUAGUUUUCCUGGGAAUCAUAAGUUUGUCUUCGCAGAAGCAGGAAGCACCAAGGGUUAAUACGCCAUUAGGUUCAAUAACAGGAACACUUCGCAAGUCUCAUAGUAACCAUAAAUAUGAGUCCUAUGAGGGUAUCCCCUAUGCGAGACCCCCUGUUAAAAGUCUUCGGUUUCGACCACCUAAACCGGCUAAAAGAUGGGAGCACGAAUUGUUUGCUACAAAGAAGGGCCCAGUUUGCAUGCAAUACUUAAUGCCAUCGCAAAACGGGAGUAGAGUUAUAGGAGAGGAGGAUUGCCUAUAUCUAAAUAUCUACACGCCUCAUAGAGGAAAUCGUAAACCAUUGUUGCCAGUGAUGUUUUGGAUCCACGGUGGUGCUUUCCAGUUUGGUAGUGGGAACGAAGCAGACGAGACCCGUUUGAUGGAUCGUAAAAUAGUGCUGGUUACUAUUAAUUACCGUUUGGGGCCAUUUGGGUUCCUUAGUACGGGCGAUCGCGUAGUGCUCGGGAAUAUGGGUUUAAAGGAUCAGAACGUAGCUUUGCGAUGGGUGUCGGACAAUAUUGCAUACUUCGGCGGAGAUCCUAAAAGUGUUACUAUUUUCGGCGUGAGUGCUGGUGCAUCAAGUGUCCAUUAUCAUUACAUGUCAACAGCCAGUGCCGGACUCUUCCAAAGAGGAAUAUCGAUAAGUGGUGUUGCUCUUGAUCCCUGGUCACAAAAUAAGCGCGCACCAGAACGAGCUAAAAAAUUAGGUGCUUUAAUGGAUUGCCCGACGCAUUCGUCCGAAAAAAUGGUGGAAUGCUUGCGUAACCGACCAGCACACCUUAUUUCAGAAGCCGUGGGUGAUUUUAUGGUUUGGCUGUACAAUCCUUCUACGCCUUUCGCACCAGUUAUAGAACGGCAGAAGUGUCCACGCCCCUUUAUAAAAGCUUCUCCCAUUGAGAUCAUUACUAAAGGCGAGGUGCUGGACGUCCCUUGGAUUUCGGGAGUCGUCUCCGAGGAAGGAUUGUAUCCUGCAGCAGAAUUCAUAGCAGACGAAAAACUGUUGAGGCAGUUAAACGACAAUUGGGACAAUAUUGCACCGUAUUUGCUCGAUUACAACGACACGAUUCCGCUUAGUCGACACAAGGAAGUGGCGGAAAAAGCCCGGAAGCAUUAUUUGGGAUCAAAAGAGAUUUCCAGUGACACGGCGCUACCUCUGACACACAUGAUCGGCGAUAGGCUGUUUGCCGUUGACUUUGAGAAAGCUGUCAGAGCACAGGCGAAAGUCAACAAGAGCCCUGUGUGGACUUACUACUACACGUACAGAGCCACGCACAGUCUGAGCGAGUCAUUAAGUCACUCGAAUAAAAAUUUCGGUGUCAGUCAUACUGAUGACAUUUAUCUCGUCAUUAAUCCCGCACUAGCGAACACUAAAAAUUUCCAAGACAUUAGGAUGCAAAAGCGGCUGAUUGAUUUUUACACUUCUUUUGCUAUUAAAGGCGUGCCAAAGAUUGGGACUAAGUGGAGAGAAUUUGAACCCGAAGAGGAAAGGUUCCGGUAUUUGCGUAUAAGUGGUCCAAGAAACAUAAGCAUGUCUUGUAGCAAAAAUUUCGGGCAAAAGGACUUUUGGAACACGAUUGAUUUUGACGAGAAUAAACUUUAAUAUUGUAUUACAACUGACGUUUCUUGUUUAUUGACGUUAGAAGUAUAAUAAUCAAAUAACUGUGUGCCUUUUAGAUUAUAGCUG